UGCAUUUCGCGUACAAUUACCCAGACCUGUAAUAUAAACACUAUUAUGUUUACGUGCAAAAAUCGUAAACAAAGAUGUAAACAAUAUUGGUAACACGGGGCACUUAUCCUCGUCGGUGCAUUGAUAUUGGAGAGUCAAGUUGGUACAUGGUUAUCAACAAAUCUUAUUGGUGGGCUAGUGUCGGGCCAUAUUAUUUACAAAACGAGCCCCUUUAACUGCGUCAUCAGUUCUUUAUAUAAGUAGAAUCAGCUGUUGUCUAUUUAGUAUUUCAAGAUGAUUCGGUAAAUGAACUCGUAAUAAUAAAGUGACAUUAGUUAAAACUAUUGCAGAAAAGGAAAUCGGUGUCAGCAAUUUUUACGAAUCGUUUUACAAAAUUUUCAGCGAAUCGAUAAUCGCUAGUGUGAUAAACUUUUAUCAUUCCCAUAUUCUCAUCGUUCCUACAACGAAACAAAUCAAGAAUGACACGAAAUGUUAUAAAAUAUUAUCACAGUGUGAAACAUUAUCAAAGGUUUCUCCUUUUAUCAAGACAGUUGACAGAUAGUGCUGCGGGUAAAGGUUAUAGUGGAAGUGUUAAUAAAAAUAAAUUAUUAAAUCGUUUAAAUACUUUGUGGAAAAUAAAGAUGUCCAUGCAAAAUCACUCGAAGCUUUUAUCGCAACUGAAAGAUUAUUUGAACAAGGCUGGUUAUGAUAAAAAUUUACAAACUAUCUUCUCCAAAUAUUGGUUAGAUUUUCUACAAAGAGUAACAUAUUCACAAAUAAAUACUUUGAAGAAGUUGUCAGCGCUUGAAUUUUCUAAACAUAUGAAUAAUAAUAAAGAUCUAGAUACGAAACAAGGCGACGAUAGUAAAAUAGAAAAAGAGAAGGUAAUAUUGAAUGCUCCAGAAGAAGAGACGUUAACUACCAGCUCUGUUCGAUGUAAAAAGCAAAUUCACGAAGAUAAUAUACGUGAGAGUAAACUUCAAAACAAAGCAGUAUCACAAAUUAUUUCUGAGUUUCUUGGUGCACUGAUAUUUAAUUCUGUACAAAGUAAAACAGCCAGAUUAGUCGUACCACCAAAGUGGAAAGUAAAUAUUCACAAAAAUAUACCAAAACACAGUAUCGCGUCUAGAACAAGCCAUGUCUUGAAUACUAUAAUAACUGCUGAAUCGACUGCUUCGCGUUGGAGAAGGAUCGAAGAUUUAUUAGCACACAUUGAUCAAUAUCCAGAAGCUAGGCAUUAUGCGAUUAAAGGAGGGGCAAUAAGAGUAUUGCUUAAAACUAGACAAAAGGUUAAAGAUGAACAAACAAAAGCAUCUAUUAGGGAAGCAUUAGCAGUAUUGGGUUAUACCGAACCAUUGCCUGGCAGAGGUAUUAGAAUUCUUUCCAUUGAUGGUGGGGGUGUGCGUGGAGUAUUAGUUAUAGAAAUGUUAAAGAAACUUGAGCAAUUGACAGGCAAGAAAACUCAUGAACUGUUUGAUUACAUAUGUGGUGUGAGUACAGGAGCUAUUCUUGCUGCUGCUUUAGGUGGACAUAAACGAAAAUCGUUGUUUCAAAUAUCUGAAUUAUACAAGGAACUAAGUACUGAAGUGUUUACUCAAAAUGCAAUAAAAGGUACGAGUAAUUUGGUAUGGAGCCAUGGAUAUUAUGAUACAGCGCUCUGGGAAAAAUUACUGAAAGAGAAUAUAGGGGAGAAAGUUCUUAUAAAAACAGUUCAUGAUCCUGCUGCUCCAAAAUUUUCAGCUAUAUCUGCUGUUGUAAACCAAAAACGUGUAAUGGCCUAUGUAUUUAGAAAUUAUACUUUACCUCAUAGGGUCGAAAGUUUAUAUCUAGGAUCUCAUAAACAUAAAUUGUGGGAAGCUAUUAGAGCAUCUGCAGCAGCGCCUAGUUAUUUUGAAGAAUUUAAAUGUGGGGGAUACCUUCAUCAAGAUGGAGGUAUACUGGUAAAUAAUCCAUGUGCAGUCGCAUUACAUGAAGCUAAAGAAUUAUGGCCAAAUAAUCCAAUUCAUUGUGUGGUUUCAUUCGGAACUGGUCGCACGCCGAAUCAAAUUUAUGACAACAGCAAAACGACAGAAAUAGCGAUUUCAAGUUGGAAGGACAAGUUUUAUAAAAUUUUGGAUAGCGCGACUGAUACCGAAGCUGUGCAUAUUAUGUUGAACGAUCUGCUGCCUGAAGACGUUUACUUCCGUUUCAAUCCAUAUCUAACGGAGAUGUUGUCGAUGGUAGAAAUACGUCCUGAGAAAAUCAAUCAACUAGAACAAGAUGCAAGAAUGUAUAUACGUAGAAAUGAAGAAAAGUUUCAAAAAGUUGCUGAAGUUUUAUUACAGAAGAGAAAACUCCAACAAAAAAUCAUGGAUUGGGUUACAUUACAAAGAAAAGUUUCAGGUCUAUGA